UCUAUUCGUACAUUACAGGUUAAUUUGUGUGCUACGUACCCACCUACCGAACAGUCUUCCUUUUAGACUAUUUUACCAAAUUAAUUUUGAAUAUUCUAAAAAAAAUUAGUUGAAUUUUGUUCUUUUUUGUUUUAUUUAAUUACUGUUAACCAAACAACAACUGAUUUGCUAAUUUGCAACCGCCCUUAGGGCCUUAGGCUUCGGCCUAGGGUCUCAUCAAAGUGACGACACCAACAAUAACAAAAAUUAAUCAUAAUAAAAAUUGCAUCAAAAUCCACUGUUUCACAACUUACGUUAAGAUGAGUCAGUGGAACAAUUCUUAUGUUUUCAACAAUCAAUAUCAAGGUGCUAAUAAUUGGAAUGGUGAUGUAAGUGACCAAUAUGCAAGCCAAGCAUACUACCCUAACACACAACAAGGCAGAACCAACCAAUAUGUUAGCUUCAAUGAGUUUCUAGCUCAGAUACAGGCUAACAGCGCACCAAACACUAGUAAUAGUAGCUUUAACAAUGCACAGUACCCAAACUAUGAACAGUACAACUACCAGAGUAUGCCAUCUACCUCUCAGAAUAUACAGCUUAAUGGAUACUAUGGGGCAAACAUACCCAACCAGGGUAAUAGUUUCAACCAGAACCAACAUAAUGCACCAUUACCUCAAGAGCCUAGUGCUUAUACAAAUGAAAUGAUACUUAAUUCCAACUUAACGCCAACCGCUGUGGAGUUUGUGCCAAAGAGUUCUGCUGUAAGACCGUCAACAAGCAUGCAAAACAUUCCAGAAACAUCACAUAGCAGCAACAAUGAAAGUGUUACAGAGCAUAAAAAAAAUUAUAACACCUCCUCAGCAGAUACAAAUUGGAGGGAGAGACCAAAAACAUCACAACACAAUGAUGAUUCAAAUUGUAGGAAUGAACCAAGUAGCCGCCAAGAGAGUUAUAGGAAUAAUGAAUCUAGAAAUCGGAAUCGUUAUCAUCAAGAGCAAGGAGGUAGAUAUGACUCUGGUAGUCAGGAGUCAAGUAACCGUGACCGUAAUCAAUCAAGGGGUAAUUCUAAAAUUAAAAACAAAGAAUCAGACCCUGGUCGCACAUUCUAUAAUAGCACAAUCAAUAAAAAUGGUCAAGAAUCAAAGAAUGGGAAAGAGGGAUCCUCAGGGAGGGGCAGAAAUUGGGCAGGGAGCCAGAGAGUAAGAGCUGCUGAAAGAAAUUCCACUGAGGAUGAGCAGUAUGCUAAUAGCUAUCUACAUUACAAAGAUGAAAAGCCAGAGAGACAAAACCAAUAUAAAUCAGAAAACAUUUAUAGCCCUGCUAAAUUUAAAACCAAGAAUACAGAUCAAGAUCAUUCAGAAAUGACUCAGCGUGAGAGGCUCAGUGAGCAGUUGGACAAAGGUACCCUGGAGUGUCUUGUUUGCUGUGAACGGGUAAAGCAAACAGAUCCCGUGUGGUCAUGUAGCAACUGUUACCAUGUGCUUCAUUUGAGAUGUAUCAGAAAAUGGGCUGUAAGCAGUAUGGUUGAGGGAAAAUGGCGUUGCCCGGCCUGUCAGAACACCAGUACGGAUAUUCCAACUGAGUACCGCUGCAUGUGCGGCGCCGUUCGCUCUCCAGAGUACCAACGGGGGUCUAGCGGAGCUCACACCUGUGGGAAGGCCUGCAAGCGCCCAAGGACCUGUCCCCACCCUUGCACAUUGCUAUGCCACCCUGGUCCAUGCCCACCUUGUCAAGCUACUAUUAAAAAAGAAUGCGGUUGCGGCGCUGAAACGCGGUCGGUGCUAUGCAGCAGCAAACUAGCUCAGCUUUGCGAUCGACCAUGCGGCCACACCCUCACAUGCACCAAGCAUACUUGCAGUCGUCAGUGUCACGAGGGGCCCUGUGACUGCUGUACCGAGACUCUCACACAAGUGUGCCACUGCCCGGCGGCGAGGACGCGGUCGGUGGCGUGCCGCGCGGACGCGUGGGCUGCGGACGGGACGGCGGCGGCGUGGUCGUGCGGCGAGGCGUGCGGCCGCGUGCUGGCGUGCGGCGCGCACGUGUGCACGCGCGCCUGCCACGCGCCGCCCUGCGAGCCGUGCGCGCUGCUGCCCGACGCCGUGCUCACCUGCCCCUGCGGCAAGACCAAGUUAGAAAAAGACAAACGCAAGUCGUGCUCGGAUCCAAUCCCGCUGUGUGGCAACAUCUGUGCGAAGCCGCUACCAUGCGGGCCCGACGGCGACAGGCACUUCUGCAAACUCGACUGCCAUGAUGGUCCGUGCCCCGUAUGUCCCGAUAAGACGUUACUUCAGUGUCGCUGCGGCCAUUCGAGCCGCGAGGUGCCUUGUGCUGAUUUGCCAGAAAUGUACAAUAAUGUGUUGUGCCAGAAGAAAUGUAAUAAGAAGCUGUCGUGCGGGCGGCACCGCUGCCGGACGGCGUGCUGCGCGGCCGCGUCGCACCGCUGCAGCGUGGUGUGCGGCCGCUCGCUCAACUGCCAGCUGCACCGCUGCGAGGAGUUCUGCCACACCGGCCACUGCGCGCCCUGCCCCCGUCUCAGCUUCGAGGAGUUGCGAUGUUCGUGCGGCGCGCAGGUGACGCUGCCGCCGAUACACUGCGGAGCGCGGCCGCCCGCCUGCUCGGCGCCCUGCCGCCGCCCGCGGCCCUGCGGCCACGACCCGCUGCACACCUGCCACACCGGCGACUGCCCGCCCUGCGUCGUGCUCACCACCAAGCGCUGCCACGGCGGACACGAGGAAAGGAAGACUAUACCAUGUUCACAAGAGGAGUUUUCCUGCGGCCUACCCUGCGGCAAACCUUUACCUUGUGGCAAGCACACAUGCAUUAAAACUUGUCAUAAAGGACCUUGUGAUACUGUCAAGUGCAGGCAGCCGUGCGCGGCGCCGCGCAGCUCGUGCGGGCACGCGUGCGCGGCGCCGUGCCACGCGGCGGCCGGCUCGCCGUGCCCCAGCGCCGCGCCCUGCCGCCGCCCCGUGCGCGCCACCUGCCCCUGCGCGCGCCGCCACGCGCACCGGCCCUGCUGCGACAACGCGCGCGACUACGACAGGAUAAUGAGUGCGCUGGCUGCUACUAAAAUGCAAGAAGGUGGUUCCGUCGAUAUAUCGACUGUACAUCGUCCUGGCUCCAUGUUAAAAACGCUGGAGUGCGACGACGAGUGCCGCAUGGAGGCCCGCGCGCGGCAGCUGGCGCUGGCGCUGCAGAUCCGCAACCCGGACGUGUCGGCCAAGCUGGCGCCGCGCUACAGCGACCUGCUGCGGGCCACCGCCGCGCGCGAGCCCGCCUUCGCGCAGCUCGUGCACGACCGCCUCACCGACCUCGUGCAGCUCGCCAAGAAGUCAAAGCAGAAAACUAGAUCGCAUUCGUUUCCAUCGAUGAAUUGGCAAAAAAGACAGUUCAUACACGAAAUGUGCGAACACUUCGGUUGCGAGAGCGUUGCGUACGAUGCAGAGCCGAACAGGAACGUCGUCGCCACCGCCGAUAAAGAGAAGUCAUGGCUGCCGGCGAUGAGCGUGCUGGAGGUGGUGUCGCGCGAGGCAGGCAAGCGACGCGUGCCCGGGCCUGUGCUGCGUGCCGCACCCCUAGCCGCCUCCGCCUCCGCUACCGCCUCCGCAUCCGCCGCCACCGCGCCCGCUACCUCCACUGCCAAAUCAUCGACCGGUUGGGCGACGCUGACAUCAACGAACGCGUGGGCAGCACGCAGUCAGAACAAGCCAACGGCCACGGAGCCGAAACCUGCGCCGAAGAUAGACUACUUCGACAAUCCGCCCGACAACUAGCCACACGGCGGUUAGCUCAAAUUAUAUAUACUUUGUCUUGAUAAAUUCAGUGUGGUUUACACAUUUAUUUAUUGGCAAAUUACUAUAUGCAUAUUGUUAUAAGAAAUAUUUUCCAAUAAUUAUAUAGUGUGAUUUAAAAAAUUUGAAGCAAGCAGGAUUUGAAUUCGCAUGUUCUACGUCUACAUGCAAUUUAAAUGUGUUCUGCUAUAGUACUGUAGUUAAAAAAAAAUACAACAAAAUUCGAAUUUGUUCUAUCUAAAUUCUCAAUUCUUUAUUUAAAUUUAAAAUAUCCUGACGAGAUUUUCGCAAAAGGACACAGCACAAGGCUUAUUUAUGGCCAAUGACUAACGCGUACGACCUAUGACUAUACCUUUUACGAUCAAACGAAACGUAUGGUCAGUAAUAUUAAAAAAAAUCCCAUAAUUAUCUUUAUGAAAUUACAGAUGGAAUGACGCCAUUAAAAAUAUAUAGUUCAAACCCUGCUGCUGUUCCAUAGAUGCUCUUGCCGAUUUAUAAAUAAUAAAUGAUAUUGAUAUAUAUAAGUACACGGACACAAUACUGGGCUUUAUUGCGGGAACUGAUUUUAAUGUGAUUUGGGAAAGAAUGCUGAUUGGAUAAUUGUAUGGCUGCUUCACAUACAAAUGUUAAAUAAAAAAAUUAAAAGAUUAUUUAGCUCAGCCUAACAGUAGUCUCAUAUUAAAUAUGUAUUUAGUUGAAAUAUAUGUCUAGAAUAAAAGAGCGCGUCCUAGUAACUUUUGAAAUAGCUUUACAAUAAUAUGAUUUAAAAAGAAAUAUAUUACACAGAUGUAAAAAGUAAUAAUCACACUGGAUUUUAUCAACAAGAAAUAUAGUGUCAAUUUUUUAUAUGUUUAUUCAAAUUAAAUUAUACACCCGGUCAAAUAUUAUUGACUUACAUAACUUUAUUUGUGUGGGAUGUAUGAUGUUUGUAUGGAUUUAUUAUUUAUAUCGCAAGUGUAUAUGUAUAUAUAAUGCAAACUCAAUUUGCGAACUCGAUUAUGUUAAGUUUGAUAUAAUAUGUAUUGCUAAUCAUACAAAUAUAUCGAUUAUGUUGUACCACAAACUUAAAUGAAUAUUGUUCAGGAUUAAACUACCUUUUUGUCAUCUAUAAACUGAGUAUGCUUUGAAAACUAAUAUAGUUGUUGACAAAUGGUAACACACAAUAACAAUACCAUACGAGAGUAAAAAAGCAAGCAGAUUCGACGAUAGUAGUGUCUAAUUUUGUAGAAAAUUCACUUAACUGGAAUUAUUUCAAAUAAGACGAAUAUUGAAUGUUAAUUGAAAUUUCUUAAUAUCAAAAGUACUGUAUCUGGUUUAAUAUUGUGAAAAUGUUAUGUAUGAAAUUGAUAAUUUGUGCGUUAUACUGAUCCGACUCGAAGGACCAAAACGAUGUAUGAUUUGCCACUGAACACCAGAGCAUGAUAAAGAAUUGUUAGCAUCUAAGCGUGAAAUUAGAUUAACAGAAUAAACAUACCACUACAUAGGAAUCAAUAAGUUAGAAAGAAAAGCGUAUGCUCCUAGCCAGAUCUGUUUUUUCCGGCAUAACGCAAUAAUUGCUGUACCAAAAUGGAUGCGAUUCUCACAGUUGUAUUUCUGAAGAUCUAACUUUAUUGUGAUAGAUACAUAAUUAAAAAGUAGUCUUCUUUCAUUGGUUUGCUACUUCUGAAAUCCACGCAUGCACAAAUUAGCGGGCAAAAAUUAAGUAAAAAUAUUUGUAAUUAAGUAAAAUACUGAUCGUGCCAAAUUUGAAUGUGUAGUAAUAUACUGCACCUCACUUAGCACCAUCUUGGUAUAAUCCGAAUGAGUAAAAAAGAUGGCUUUAUUAACCCAAUCAAUUAACUUGUAAUGGUACAACCAAAUUGACACCUUAGUACCUAUAUUAUUAAUUACUUUUUUCCUAAGAAUAUUUACUUUUAAAUGUAUCACACAAUUCUAAUGUUACCAUCUAUAAAUGUAUACAACGAUUUUUCCAGUACAACAUUUUAAAAUAUACGCCAGGAAAAUUAAGAACUUAAUUAAUUCACAGAACUCUGUAGAAUUUCUAUUUAUCUGUGAAAUUUAGCAAAUAAAAAGUGCAAGUCGUGUACGAAUACAAAAUUAUUUGCAUUGAAUUAUUCAUUUUAAAUAAUAAGUCGUUUGAUAUAGGUCUGGAGCGCUGAACAUACUUACUGAUUGUGCACGACAACAUGGCACGCCCUUCCAAAAUAAAAAUGUGUGAGUAGAUAUAUCUAAAAGCUUUCGACAAAGAAAUAUAAUACUCCUCUAGUCGGAUCGUUACUAAAGAUGUACCCUCACAGACGCAAACUAAGCACCACGUCUGUAUAUGGGCACACGCAUUGAAAUAAAAAGUUGGAGGGGCGUGCUAGGUCAACAUCGACAAUCUAUAGCACUUUCCAUAGGAUGGGCCGUUUGAUUAUUUCCCAUUUCAUGAAAAAAAUGUAGUCUUAUGUACAUAAUACAGUAACUAAUGCAGUAGGUAUUUGAUUGCAUUAUUAACGGAGUUCAAUGAACUUUAUUUUCUAAUUUUCUAACUGAGACUAGACCAAGGAUCUCGAAUAAUCGCUGAUUCCUCAACAAGUCCCAAAAGUAAAGUGUUCAAUUUCGUUAUAUAUAAUGUAAAAUCAAAGUCCUUAGCAUUGUUUUAAGAGGAUAUUCUGCCAAUAAAAUUGGUGAUUUUCAUCUAAGAAACACGACAAAAAAUUUUGAGUCUUACAUAUUAUUAUUGAGAAAUGGGCUUUAUCCUUUAUGAUAUUUCUACCUGAAAUACCUGUAACACUGCAACCUUUGUAAUCUAUUGUGCUCGCCCCUUUUUUUUUUAAUGUUCACUACAAAUUCCUGUCAGUGACAGAAAUUUUAAGGUAUUAUAAACACCGAGUCUCGCAUAGCGGCACAUUCAGAUGUAUGGAAUGUCCAAAAAAAAUUUUUUUUUUUAUUUCUCUUUAAUAAAUUUUCGUUCUACUAUAUUGAUAAUAAUUUUAUUUUUACUUACGUAUUUGUUAAAUAGUGGGAUCGAUUCUAAGGCGCUAUGUUUCUGAACCUGUCUCUUUACCUAAUUUUUCUUUUUUUUUGAUAAUUUCAUGAAAUUACUGUCGUAUCGAUCAUUAUAGACUAAAAUUAUAAUAAUUUGGACUUAAAUCUAUUAGAAAAUUACUUCUUAUUGGUCCUUACAGUAAAGAUUUCGCCGUGAUAUUUACUUAUUUAAACAACUUUAUUAACCAAAUGAAAAUAUGGUACAAAAGGCGGACUUAAUGCCAGUAUCAGUCUGUACCAAUCAACCUUUGUUUAAUUUUAGAGUUAGGUAUUGAAUUGGCACCUCGAAAUCGAUCCCAUUGUUGCAACAUUUUUUUUAGGAAUUCGUAAAUUUUAUAAUGUAACACUGGGGAUUUGGAAGCAAUUGUGAGCCAUAGUUCAGAAACAUUCAUUUCAAAUAUGAAGCCAGAUCAGUCAAAAACAUCUCAUUAUAAAUCUGGCUUCAAACAUCGGCUGUUAGGCCUCUUGCCAUUUUUAAUAAUAAUAUCGCACUUAAUGUGGAAUUCGUAGCACAAAGUGUUCAAAUGAUAUCUUUUUUAAAUGAUUUAAUAUAGUGUAUUUAAGAAAUGUGUUCUAAAUUUACUGUUGAUUAAUGGUUGAUGUGAUAGAACAAUGUUCUAUCAAACUAUGUAUUAAAAAUAUUAAAUUUAAGAAGUAUAUAAUGAUUUUGUUCAUAACAUAAAGAAAAACUUUUGACCAUAUUAAUUCUAAUUCUAUAAUAAAUGCAAAAGUUUCUUAGGAUCGAUAGAUGUUUGUUACAUUUUCACACAAAAACUACUGAACGAAAUCGAAUUAAAUUAAUACAGAGGUACAUUAUAUCCUAAUUUAGCACAAAGAUGUAUAUAUACUUUAUGUAUUGAUUCACGUGGACGAAGCCACGAUACACAGCUAAUAAACUCUGUCAAUCUACUCGUUAGCUUAGCAAACGUGUGAUUGUUUCUAAUCUCAGUUGGUUAUGUUAUAAUCUUAGCAAGGCAAUAUAGAAAACAAACUUUUUUUUUUAAUAGUGACACGUACGAGGUACGUACUAUCUCUUUCGACAAUCUCUUUCCAACUAUAUAAAAAAAAAUCUAAAGCUAGUGUACUAUUUAAAAACCGAUUUCAAUUUAGAAUCGGAUAAUUUUGAAAAUACUUUAAUUUAAAACAAAGCAUAUUAAUUAAUAUUAAAAUCAAAUCGUAAUUGGCAAAGGAGCACAUGAUAUACUGUCGAAUUGAUCCCCUUCUUUUUUGAAGUCGGUUAAAAGAAGGUAAUAAUCUUCAAAGCUGCAGUAAAAACUUAAAUACAAUGUUUGUCAAAUGUUUGCUACUUGUGAAAAAGAUUUUGUGUCAUAUAGUGUGUUCAUCUGAUCUAUCACUAACUUGUCGCGAUACGAUAUCGAUGUCGUUUAUUUGUGAUAUAAUCAAUCGAUUAAUGACACGAAAUGAUUAUUAGACAACACUAUUCUUUUUGGCACUGUUCAAAUCGAAUGCAACGAAAGAAAAGCAUAGACACGGAAUUAAUAUUUGAACGAUAACGCGUAACGUUGAGAAACUACAAUAUUUCUAUCGCGGUACAAACCUGCAAUGUAGAAUAACAACUGACAAUCUUUAAACAUUCUAUAAAAGAGAUUAAAUAUAUUGUUAUUUGCACACCCUACUGCCCAGUGUUAGCGCUAAUGAAAAAAAAAAUUGUAAUUUAUUUUUAUCUAUUCUCUUUUAUCUACUUCGUCACAUGACAGUUUUCAACGAAUACCUUCAUAAUAUUAGUUGUUGCUGUUGAUAUUUUUCUAUUAUAUAUCUGGCAAUUUACAAAAACAAUUGAACAAUUUCCAAUAUUUCUGAUUGAUUACUUAACACCUCGUGUGCACAUAAGCUCUCUCUUGUGCUCUCGAUGCCUAACAUUUUACAAACGUUCUCUGUCACCAAACUUGAACCUUAACUUUAUAAAUAUAAAGACGAAAUAUAUAAAUAACAGUUUACAUGAGUAAAGUGAAAACAAAAACAUUAAAACGCAUAUUUUUGCUCUAGCCAACUUCUCUCAUACUCCGGGCAGAAAUAUGUAUGCUCGAAAGAGGAUUUAAUUUAAAUCACUGCGCUAAUACUUACAAACUGGGCAGUUACGGAAGAAAUCCCCGAUAAAACUGAAAUAGUGCACUAUUAUCAAGCAGAUAGUAUUGACCGAAAAUGCCUGUUGAACUAAUAAAGCUAGUUCCAAAUGUUAAAUAGGCUAUUUUAACUAGAUGAUAUAAAUUAAUAGAAGAUGUAAAUUGAAAAGGAUUUCAGUCGCAUUGUAAAAUAUGUAAAAAUCCCGUGUCAUAUUCAUUCAGGCUAUGCAGAGAUUAGCAUGAACCGCUCAACCUAUUUUAAUGAAAUAUAUAUCUAUUGUGUGAUCCAACUUAAGAGAUAAUAUAGUAUUUAUCCCGAUAAGAGUAACUGGACCCGGUAGAAGACGGUAUUGGGCAAAAACAAAGUUCGCCGGGUCAACUAGUUGCCUAUAAAAAAAGAACACCAAUUAGUCUCGAAGACUCCGAGUCGGUCUAAUGACCAUGAAUAUAAUAAUACGAAUUUAAAAGGUAAAGGGAGGGCUUGGUUUCUUAUGAACACUCGAUGUUAAACUUGAUAUCUAUAGAAAAAUUGUAACUUACUUAAUUCGCUGUUGUACAAGCGACAUGUGUAUUAAAGUGUUACAUAUUUGUUA